AAAACCACGGCCAAACGCGCAUUUCUACUCUUCUUCAAUCUCUCUUUCUUUUGUUUCUCUUCUCACACCUCUUCUUCCGAAUUUCGUUUUUUAUUGGGGUUCAGAAAUGGCGGAAUCAAAGACAAAAAUGGCAGAAAUCAGGGAAUGGAUUGUAGAACACAAGCUUCGUACCGUUGGUUGUUUAUGGCUGAGUGGGAUCUCUGGUUCAAUCGCCUACAACUGGUCUAAACCUGGUAUGAAAACCAGUGUCCGAAUCAUCCACGCCAGGCUACAUGCUCAGGCGCUGACAUUAGCCGCUCUAGCUGGAGCAGCUGCAGUGGAGUACUACGAUCACAAAACUGGAACCACCGAUCGCUACCCCAAAUUUCUCAAGCCCGACAACUUGACCAAAGACUAAAAGGACUCUUUUAUCAUUUGAUCAUGCCUAUUGUCUUGUUCUAGGCUAUAUUAUAGCUACUAGUCCCAUUUUUUCAUGUUUUUUAUAUAUGUCCUUCUUUUACUACUUUGAAUGAAAUGAAUUCAUUCUGGUUAGACAAUGCCCACGACUUAUUGUUUGCAAAUUUCGGGAUGCGAAAAUGUAAGAGGUACUUACAGAAGAUUAUAUGAAUAAAAUUGGACUUACAUCUGUUUA